AUGAACACAAUACAGUGGCCAUUGAGGACGAGAUUACCUUUACAACGAGGCUUUCUUUUAGGCUGCAGAAAUGUUCGGAUGUCGUCGAUGACAGGACAGAGAAAUCUGCUAGUAAGGAACAGACUGCAAUAUCAUUCCUUUAUUAAUCUGCCGAUGAUGCCGUUACAAUUGAUACAGUUUUUCCACUUGUCUUCGCGUGCGAACCUAAACAGUCUUCGACUUUUAAACUCAAGAAGGUUUAUUUCCGUGUUUCCUAAAAUCAUCGGAAAGGUAAUCAAGAUGCCUGUUUAUCUUGGAGGUGGGCUCGCGGCUGCAGGCUCGUAUAUUGCAUUCAAGGUAGAAGAAACUACAGGCUAUGCUGUUGAUCAGUGGAAGCAUGUAAAAAACUUUUCGGAUUCAAUGAAGGAUAAACUGCAAGGUUUGUUUAGCGGGGGAGAGCAUAAUGGCCAAACUGGGGGUGGGAACAGCGGUGGUAAUAGCAAUGGUCUAAAUAACGCUGCACUUCUUGCUGGGUUAACAGAUGAGGAAAAAGAUGAAUUAGAACAGCAGCGGCGCAAAAAGCAAAACUUUGAUGAAGAUAAGGACGAUGAAGAUGAUGAAGAGAACGACAUGGUUGAUAAUACCCAAGACGAGAUGUUGAAUUUGACUAAACAAAUGAUUGAAAUUAGAACGAUAUUGAGCAAAGUGGACUCCACGUCCAGCACCCUCACUUUACCCUCCAUUGUUGUGAUUGGAUCACAAUCAUCUGGUAAAUCAUCUGUUUUGGAGUCCAUAGUAGGCCGAGACUUUUUGCCAAAGGGUUCAAAUAUGGUUACAAGAAGACCGAUUGAAUUGACAUUGGUUAAUACUCCGAACAUCAACGAAACUACUGCUGAUUUCCCAACACAAAGAAUGUAUAAUUUAAAGGACUUUAAGGAAGUCAAGAGGAUACUACUGGAACUAAAUAUGGCGGUCCCAUCCAGUGAGGCAGUUUCGGAAGAACCCAUCCAACUAACCAUCAAGUCAUCGCGCGUACCAGACUUAUCUUUGGUAGAUCUACCGGGAUAUAUACAAAUAGAAGCCGCAGACCAGCCUUUUGAGCUCAAGACCAAAAUCCGUCAGCUUUGCGAAAAGUACUUGGCAACACCGAACAUCAUUUUAGCGAUUUCCGCAGCUGACGUAGAUUUGGCAAACAGCGCAGCUUUGCGCGCAGCUAAACAGGCCGAUCCACAAGGGUUGCGGACCAUUGGUGUCAUAACAAAACUGGACUUAGUAUCUCCUGAAGAGGCCCGGAACAUCUUAAUGAAUAGAAGGUACCCACUAAAAAUGGGUUACGUCGGUGUGAUCACAAAAUCUCCAAACAAAUCACGGGUUGGAUUAUUUGGUGAUGGCUCUUCCGGGACAUCAGGUGGAUUGUUUGGGAAAAGGGAAAUCGCCAAGAUCAAGGAGAACAGCGGUAAUCAGAUGGGCAUAGAGCAAAUAGAAUCCAGUAACUUUGAAAGGUUAUACUUUAGGGAACAUAGGUCAGAGUUCUCGAAUUGUCAAGUCACCACCAAACGCCUACGCGAGAAAUUAAUCAAGAUUUUGGAAAUCUCAAUGUCUAAUGCGUUAGAGCCCACGGAAGCAAUCAUUCAACAGGAACUUGAUGACACAUCUUAUCUUUUCAAGGUCGAAUUUAAUGACAGACAGUUGACCCCGAAGUCUUAUCUACUAAACAACGUGGAUGUCCUGAAGGCCGCCAUAAAAGAGUUUCAGGAAAAGUUCAACAGAGCAGAGCUGAAAUCUAUUUUAAAAGCAGAUUUGGAUCAAAAAGUUUUGGAUUUCUUAGCUAACAGAUAUUGGAAAGAUGAGAAUCUUGAAGCCUUGUCUUUCAAAAUAAAGAACGAGGACGAAAUGCUCUACUGGCACAGAAAGUUGGAAUUAGCGUCAUCAAGUUUAACGAAGCUGGGAAUUGGUCGGCUAUCCACGCAACUAGUAACAAACUCCAUACUCAAGGAGUUAGAAAACAUUUUGGACACCACAUCAUUGAAAAAUCAUGACUUAAUAAAAGAUCUUGUUAACAAUACCGCUGUUAACGUUCUUAACACGAAGUACUACUCUACGGCAGAUCAAGUCGAAAACUGCAUAAAACCGUUCAAAUACGAGAUUGAUCUGGAAGAUCGGGACUGGAAUUUGGCAAAAGACCACUCCAUUUUAUUAUUGAGAGAAGAACUAGCACAGUGCCAACAGAGGUAUGAGACAAUUCAGAAUUCCGUUGGAAAGAAAAACCUGAAGAGGGUAAUGUUGUACUUGGAGGAGAAUAAUGCAGGCAGGGAAACGUUGGGCAUGUCCAAAAUGAUGUUAGAGCGUGGCUCGGAAGCUUUGUUUCUGGGUAAACGUUCCAAAACCCUGAAAUUUAGGUUGAACAUGUUGAAGAAUAGAUGCUACUCCACAACCGAUAAAGAUCGUUGUCCAGAGGUCUUUUUAAAUGCGGUGAGUGAAAAAUUAACCUCUACAGCAGUGCUGUUCUUGAAUGUCGAAUUGUUGAGUGACUUUUUCUACAACUUCCCAAUAGAACUUGAUAAGAGAUUGAGUCUACUGAGUGAAGAGCAGGUUGAACUUUUUGCAAAAGAGGAUCCUAAAAUCUCAAGACAUAUCGAGUUGCAAAAACGGAAGGAAUUACUUGAACUAGCUUUGGAAAAGAUCGAUUCCAUUUUAAUGUUCAAGAAAAGUUACAAAGGUUCGAUCAACAAAGUUUGA